AUGUUUAUUGUGUACCCACAACCUCAGGUUUACAUAGUCUAACAAACAGUCCCCGUCUAUUAGAGCUUGCCCCUCAUCAGAGUAAAACUUACUUCUCAAUUAGCCACCUACAUCAGUUCAACCUCAAAUUAGAUCGCAAAUCCCAGCUCAAAUCGCGAGUCCCGAUAAAUCAAGAGUCACAGAUGAUAUGAUCGAGACUAUUAACAAAAAGAUUGAAAUGAUUGAUAGCAGAAUAAGCCAAAUUCAGAAGUCAUUGCCUCCUAAGUAGAAUCAAAACGGCAAUCACACCAAGAAAUAAUAUACCAAUACUUCUCAGGAUGAAUUUAAUAGUCCAGUUACACCCAAAAGAACUGGAAAUUUCAAAAGCUAUUUCCUUAACAAAUAUGACAAUUCCUAAGAGAGAAUUCGAAUCAGUAAAAAGAUUUUAGAAGAACAUGAGAGAAAUACCAAAGCCAGCAAAAACACUCAAUCGUCUAAUAAACGAGAUUAGAGUUUCCAAUCCCAAACCAAUAAUAAUAAAUAGACUACUUAUGACAUUAACAAAAAAACCACCAUUACCAAAAAGAUCAUCUAUAUGGGCGAAGAAGCCUUGUAUGAGGGACAGACGGAUGAAAGGGGCAGAAAACAAGGAAUCGGAACGCUUUUCGAUAAAGAUGGAAAAAUUAUAUACACAGGUUAAUGGAAGGAUGAUGUUUUCUGGGGCAAAGGCAAACUCAUGUUCAGAGAAUCCAAAUCAUAAAAAUUGCAAUUAAAGAACUUCAUGAAUUUCUCCAAUGUAGCAAGAAAUAGGGAAACAUAUAGCGGCAACUUUGUAAACGGCGAAAUUGAUGGAAUUGGUUAAAUGCAAUUCAUAGAUUGUUUUGAUUCCUAUUUUGUAUUUUAUGGUACUUUUAGGAAAGGAGUAUUUCAUGGAAAAGGAUGCGUUUUAUCAAAUUAAGGCAGAGAAAGUUUAGAAGGAGAAUGGAUUAAUGGCAGACAUACUUGA